AUGACAAGAACAUAUACUCUCUACAAUCUACGGAUCAUUCUGGUCUUGACCUUGGGGAGUCUCACCUUCGGGUAUGGCUUCUCGGUCAUUUCCAACACCAUUGGGCAACCAGGUUUCAUAUCUUACUUCAAUCUCGAAGCCAACUCUGACUAUACCAAUGCCAUUACCGGUACCAUAAAUGGUCUCUAUUGUGCAGGGGCAUUGUUCGGCGCACUCCACGUGGGCUGGAUGUGCGAAGCUCGUGGCCGAAAGGAGACCAUGUAUUUGGCUUCGGCUGUCAAUAUUAUUGGCGGAGCUCUGGAAACCGGAUCGGUCAAUAUGGCCAUGUUUCUUGUCUCGAGAUUCAUUUCUGGUUGGGGAAUUGGCAUGAUGGUGGUGUUGAUCCCCAUUUAUCAAGCGGAGAUCUCACCUCCCAAUGCUCGAGGUUUCCUGGUCGGUCAGCACGGAACUUGGAUUGUGCUGGGAUAUGCAGUUGCUGGCUGGGUUGGAGCGGGGACCUAUUAUUCGUCGAAUUUAUCCUUCCAGUGGCGAUUCCCAAUUGCCCUGUCUAUCGUCCCGCCUCUCGCACUGGCCCUGUGCGCGCCUUGGAUCCCCGAAUCGCCCCGUUGGUUACUCACCAGAGACCGUCGUGAAGAGGCCUGGGCCAUCGUCAAGCGCCUCCAUGGAGGUGCCACUGAGGAUGAGAAGGGCCUCCAGUUUGCUCGUGAGGAGUUCUAUCAGAUGACUGAACAAGUUCGAGUCGACGCAGCGGCAUGGAAUGAAGGGGGGUGGAAAGGCAUGUUCACCAAGAAGUCGUACCAGAAACGUUUCUGGAUGGGCUUCUUCAUCCAAUACGCCGCUCAAUCCACCGGAGCCCAGGUGAUAUAUGUAUACAUUAUUGCCCUGUACCAGAACCUGGGUCUCACCGGCGGAGUUCCGUUAAUUUUGGGAGCGGCGUAUGUCACGGUCGCGACCAUUUCCAAUUUUAUCGGGGCUCUCUUGCUUGACAAAGUAGGACGAAAGCCACUCUUGAUUGCCGGAUUGACUGGAUGCAUGCUCUCGGUAUGCCUGGAAACCGCCAUGAUUGCCCAGUAUGCCGGCACCACGAACACCGCCGGACUUUCAAUGGGGGUCUUCUUUUCAUUCUGCUUCAUUAGCUUUUACGGAGGUGGUAUCGACGUGGUCGGAUAUGUUUACUGCUCGGAAAUCUUCCCCACACAUAUCCGAUCCCAGGGCGUCGCCUGGUCUCUGGCGGGGACAUUCCUUUCAACUUUGGUGUACGUCGAGGCCGCACCCACGGCCCUCGCCCACAUUCAAUGGCGAUACUAUGUUGUGUUCAUCUGUUUGACUUUCGUCAACGUCCUCAUAUUUUAUUUCUGGUGUCCCGAGACCAAGGGUCUCUCGUUGGAAGAGAUCAAUGCCUUGUUUGGCGAAGAAGUUGUGGUCCAUUUUGCCGAUGCGACCGAGGAGCAACGACAUGAACUGACUGCCAAGGUGCUGGCCGAGGAAGAACAGAAGGAAUAUGCUUCGAGACGUGGCGAAAAUGAGCGCACGACAGUGGUUUUGAAAGCCUGA